CAGCUCUGAAAAAUGACCUAAUAAUUCCAACGAUUACACCACUUACUACCCCUUUAUAUACUAAAAUCCCCACUCAUUACUGCUAAUAGGUCUCUGUACUGCUGAUAAACAAAACCAGAGACACAGAGAGUUUGAAUCGCCAUCAGCAAUGGCGUUCUCUUCUACACUUUCUCCACCCUCUUGUAGCUGCUUCUCAAAUAAUGUAGACAGCAUUAGCAAGAAGACUUUCUUGUUUUCGCAAUCGGCUUCGAAACUCUCUUUUUUGAAUCGUUCUUCGAUUUCAAGAUUGGGUUGUGUUUCCAACGGAGUAAGAACAAGAUCAUUACGUGGGCGUGUCGUUGCUUCUGUAGCAGAUAUUUCGUUGGAAAAAUCUGUAGAAGCAGUUAGUCUUCCCAAAGGUGACAUGUGGUCUAUUCAUAAAUUUGGCGGGACAUGCGUGGGUACCUCCGAAAGAAUUCAGAAAGUUGCACAGAUCAUUGUGAAUGAUAGUUCAGAAGGAAAGGUGGUAGUUGUUUCUGCAAUGUCAAAGGUGACCGACAUGAUGUAUAAUCUUAUUAACAAGGCACAAUCUAGAGAUGAUUCCUACAUAGCUGCUCUGGAUGAUGUCCUAGAAAAGCAUAAACUAACAGCACAUGAGCUACUUGAAGGGAACGAUCUUCUUAAAUUCAUAUCCCGGUUGCAUGAUGACAUUGGCAACCUUAAAGCAAUGCUUCGUGCCAUUUACAUAGCUGGUCAUGCAACAGAAUCUUUCUCAGAUUUUGUUGCUGGUCAUGGAGAGUUAUGGUCUGCUCAGAUUUUAUCAGCUGUUGUCAGAAAGCUUGGUGUGGAUUGCAAUUGGAUGGAUACGAGAGAAGUUAUAAUUGUAAAUCCUACCUCUGCAAAUCAAGUUGACCCAGAUUUAGAGGUGUCUGAAAGAAGUCUUGAGGAGUGGUACUCAAAAAAUCCAUCUAAGACAAUCAUUGCAACUGGAUUUAUUGCUAGUACUCCUAAAAAAAUUCCAACAACUUUGAAAAGAGAUGGAAGUGACUUUUCUGCUGCUAUAAUGGGUGCCUUAUUUAGGGCACGUCAAGUAACAAUCUGGACAGACGUGGACGGCGUGUAUAGUGCUGACCCCAGAAAAGUCAGUGAGGCUGUGAUACUCAAUACAUUAUCAUAUCAAGAGGCUUGGGAAAUGUCGUACUUUGGGGCAAAUGUUUUACACCCCCGCACCAUUAUCCCUGUUAUGCGCUACGACAUCCCUAUUGUUAUACGAAAUAUCUUCAACCUCUCGGCUCCUGGAACAAUAAUUUGUCGGCCUACCGCUGAUGAAAAUGGGGACAGCCAAGGCUUGAAUUCUAUUGUCAAAGGGUUUGCAACAAUCGACAAUUUAGCCCUUGUGAAUGUUGAGGGAACGGGAAUGGCUGGUGUUCCUGGUACAGCCAGUGAGAUUUUUGGUACUGUGAAAGAUGUGGGGGCUAACGUUAUUAUGAUUUCCCAGGCCAGUAGUGAGCACUCUGUGUGUUUUGCUGUACCCGAGAAUGAAGUAAAAGCUGUUGCCGAUGCUUUGGAAUCUAGGUUUAGUCAAGCAUUGGGUGCUGGACGGCUUUCAAAGGUUGAAGUCAUUCGAAACUGUAGCAUUUUGGCUGCGGUAGGCCAGAAAAUGGCAAGUACUCCCGGAGUUAGUGCUACACUUUUCAAUGCGCUGGCAAAGGCCAAUAUAAAUAUCCGAGCAAUAGCUCAAGGUUGCUCUGAAUACAACAUUACGGUUGUGCUCAAGCGAGAAGAUUGUAUAAGAGCUUUAAGAGCUGUUCACUCUAGGUUUUAUCUCUCAAAAACCACAAUAGCAAUGGGCAUUGUUGGACCUGGAUUAAUUGGCGCUACGUUACUCGACCAGCUCAGAGAUCAGGCUGCAGUUUUGAAGGAAAAAUUUAACAUUGAUCUUCGAGUUAUGGGAAUCACUGGUUCAAAGAAGAUGGUUUUAAGCGACCUUGGAAUUGACUUGUCUAGAUGGAGAGAAGAGCUGAAAGAGAAAGCAGAAGAGGCUAACAUGGAGAAAUUCACUCAACAUGUGCAUGGAAACCAUUUCAUCCCAAAUACUGCUUUAGUUGACUGUACUGCAGAUGAGAAGAUUGCAAGUCAUUAUCUCGAUUGGCUGCGUAAAGGGAUUCAUGUCAUCACCCCAAAUAAAAAAGCAAACUCUGGACCGCUAAACCAGUAUUUGAAACUGAGAGCCCUACAGCGACAGUCUUAUACUCACUAUUUUUAUGAAGCUACUGUCGGGGCUGGUCUCCCUAUCAUCAGCACUUUACGUGGACUACUAGAAACUGGGGACAAGAUAUUACGGGUAGAAGGAAUUUUCAGUGGUACUUUAAGUUAUAUCUUCAACAACUUUAUAGAAGAUCGGGCUUUCAGUGAGGUCGUUACGGAAGCCAAGAAUGCUGGUUAUACCGAGCCAGAUCCAAGAGACGAUCUGUCUGGAAUGGAUGUGGCUAGAAAGGUCAUAAUUCUAGCUAGAGAAUCUGGUUUAAGACUGGAGCUUUCUGAUAUCCAAGUGGACAGCCUUGUGCCAGAACCAUUGAAAUCAAGUGCAUCAGCUGAAGAAUUCUUGCGGCGUCUACCGGAAUUUGAUCAGGAAAUCGCAAAGAAACGGCUUGAUGCGGAGGCUGCAGGCGAAGUUCUGAGGUACGUUGGGGUAGUAGAUGCUAUCCAAAACAAGGGGUUUGUGAAGUUAAGGAGAUACAAAAAAGAGCAUCCAUUUGCACAACUAUCUGGCUCUGAUAACAUUAUAGCGUUUACUACCACAAGGUACAAGGAAGAGCAGCCUUUGAUAGUCCGUGGACCAGGUGCUGGAGCUGAAGUCACAGCUGGGGGAAUAUUCUGUGAUUUAUUACGUCUGGCCUCGUAUCUAGGUGCACCAUCAUAGGGCAAUCCUUCCAUCUCUAACUGGAAAUGUAUAAUCAAUUUUUGUGUCAUGGCUCUUGGGUCUGUAGCCCUUUUGAACUUUCUUUUUAGUAACCAGAAGUGAACAGCGAUCUCUAUGUAUGGUUUAGGCUUGUAAGCAAUUAAAGUCUUAUGAAUUUGUCCUUUUUUUGGUACAUAAGAAAGUGUGACG